CCGCCCGCCGCCGCCCGCCGCCGCCCGCCGCCGCCGCCGCGGGGCCCCGUCGGCGCUCGGCCGGAGACGUCGGCACAGACAGCCGCGCGGGAGCCGACCCUUCGCUGAGCGCCGCGGGCAGAAAACGCAGCGGACCCACUUCCGGCUCCUUUCCACGUUUCAAAGCGCCGCGUGGCUCUUCUGCCAUGAGUCUGGUGCUCAGAAAUCUGCAGCGCGCUGUGCCCGUCAGGAGGGGGCGCCUUCGCAAGAGGAUGGAGAUCGUGAGGCGCGUGCUCGGGGUGCAGAAGUUCGACCUGGGGAUCGUCUGCGUCGACAACAGGAGUAUUCAGCACAUCAACAGCGUCUACAGAGGGAAAAACAUCCCAACUGAUGUGCUUUCCUUUCCAUUUCAUGAGAAUAUAAAAGCGGGGGAACUUCCCCAGCCUGAUUUUCAAGAUGACUACAAUUUGGGGGACAUUUUCCUAGGCGUGGAGUGUAUCUUCCAGCAGUGCGAAGGGGACGAGGACUACUAUGACGUCCUUACUGUGACUGCCACCCAUGGGCUCUGUCACCUGCUGGGCUUCACACACAGCACAGAGGCUGAGUGGCAGAAGAUGUACCAGAAGGAGAAGCAGGUUCUCGAGGAGCUGAGCCGGCACACCGGAACCAGGCUCCAGCCUCUGAGCAGAGGCCUCUUCUGAUGAUACUGGAGGCCCAGCAGCCGGGUGGCACCCGAGGAAUUCUCCAGAGCACAGAGACACCAUGUGAACGGCAGAUGGACCUUCCCUUUCAGGCCCUGAGGACCAGGGACUCCACCAAACUGAGGGCCUGCUGGUCACUGCUGCCCUGUGGGGCCACAGGAGUGACACACACUCGGGGGCAAAAUUACACAAGUGGAACCUGACUGUUUUGUGAAAGUAUAAAAGAAACGUGCAUUCAUUUCUUCAUUUAGAACCUAGCAAACAUAUUUUCAGUAUUGCAGAUAAAGUAGUUCUAAGCUCUUAGGAUGCAGAGUUGGAGCACAGGACCUUCAUCCCUUGGGGUUCUGCCUGUGGCCAGAAGCAUUUGUCUCUCCUGCCUCUGCAGCCUGCUCCAGAGAAUAGAACAGGCAGCCCGGGGUUCCUCCUUCCUACAGGAACACCGUUGGCUUCAGUCGCGACUUACCCUUAAGAGCACUGUGACCUGGAACCUUCACUUGGUGCCUUUAUGAGGAAGGGACAAGGCUGACCCUUAGGGUGGCUGCAAGGCCCAGGACAGCCUCAGCCAGGUGACCCACAGCGGACAUCUCCUGCCCAUCCCGCCUCCCUAGGUAGACACAGCCCCUGGUCAGGGGACCCUACCUAAGUCCUCUUUCCCGUGGCACCGCCGUGGCUGGAGCCUUAAAACCUUAGAUCCCCCUGUCCACCCGCUGAGCCAAGUGUCUCCUGGCUGCAGGAGGCGCCCUGGGCUCCGACUGCCGCAUCCCAUCCUCUUUCCCGUCAGUGUUUCUUGCCUUUUCUUCUGAUACUAAAGUAAAUGCAGGAGGCAUCA